AUGUCAGGUGUGGUAACAGACGCGACAAUCUUGGAAAGAUUGAAGCAACUUCAAAUCAAUCAUCCUGAAGUCAUCAAUCAUUCACCCGUAAAAGGUUCAUCAGAAUGGUCAGCUUCUUUAUCCAUUGCUUCUCCCCCUUUAUCGACUGUGAACCUCACGAAAACGUUGUUGUUUAAACCUAAAACAGCUAAAACAGCUACCCCUACUCCUGUUCUCAUUCUCGCCAAAGACACAACAGAAACUCCUUCUGCCGCCAUCGGUAAAUUAUUAGAACUGAAAGAACUUCGAUUAGCUUCAGAAGAUUUGAUUAAAGAAGUUAUCCCUUCUGCCGCUACAAAAGAUGAUAUAUCAGCUUUAGCACUUCCCACUCCAAUUCCUGAAACUCUUCAUUUAAUCUUGGAUUCAGCUUUGGCCCAAUCAGAAGAUCAACAUGCCCUUCACUUGACCACUUCAACCACUACCAUCUUGCUUAAAGGAUCAGAUAUCAAAUCCUACUUUGACAGUCUUAUUCAAGGUGAUGGUGUGAAAAUAGUUGAUUUCGCUGAAUUAAAAGCAAGUGCCCCUGCUCCCAGUGCUCCUGCCGCUAAAUCUGCUCCCAAAGAGAAACCAACUAAAGCAACGCCUGUCGCCGCCGAAGAUGAUGAGGAGAAGUAUAACAUGGCGAUUAGGUUUAAGAAGGAUGAAGAUUUUUCCGGAUGGUAUACUGAUGUCUUGAUCAAAGGUCAAAUGUUGGAUUACUAUGACAUUUCAGGUUGUUACAUCCUUAGACCUUGGUCAUACUCCAUUUGGCAGACUAUUCAAACCUGGUUCGAUGAUGAAAUCAAGAAGCUCGGUGUACAAGAUUGUUACUUCCCCAUGUUCGUGUCAAACGCUCGUCUCGAAAAGGAGAAAGAUCACAUCGAAGGUUUCGCUCCAGAAGUAGCCUGGGUCACUCGAGCAGGUAAAUCCGAACUCGACGAACCUAUCGCUAUCAGACCCACAUCUGAGACUGUUAUGUACCCUUACUACGCUAAAUGGAUCAACUCUCAUCGAGAUCUCCCCCUUAAAUUGAAUCAAUGGAAUUCAGUCGUCCGAUGGGAGUUCAAAAACCCUCAACCUUUCCUCCGAACUCGAGAGUUCUUAUGGCAAGAAGGUCACACUGCAUUCCUUCACAAAGCUGAAGCCGCUAAAGAAGUUAUGGAUAUCCUCGAGCUGUACAAAAAGGUCUACACUGAUUUACUCGCGGUUCCCGUCAUCCCUGGAAAGAAAUCUGAAAACGAGAAAUUUGCCGGAGGAGAUUAUACCACCACUGUUGAAGGUUUCAUUCCAACUACAGGUAGAGGUAUUCAAGGAGCAACGUCACAUCACUUGGGACAAAAUUUCUCCAAAAUGUUUGAUAUCUCAGUUGAAUCUCCAGAUAAAUCAGAAGGUCGACUUCACGCCUAUCAAAACUCUUGGGGUCUUUCUACUAGAUCUAUUGGUGUCAUGGUCAUGGUUCAUGGUGAUGAUCAAGGUUUGGUCUUACCCCCAAGAGUUGCUCUACAACAGGUUGCCAUUGUCCCUGUAGGUCUCAGUAAAGGUGAAGGUAAAAACCAACCUAUCUACGAUGCUUGUUCGCGACUGGAAAGAGAAUUAAUUGGUGCUGGAAUUAGAGCAAAAGCAGAUUUAAGAGAAGGUUAUACUCCUGGAUGGAAGUUCAACGACUGGGAGAUGAGAGGUGUUCCUCUCCGUCUCGAACUUGGUCCAAGAGAUAUCGCAGCCAACACCACACUAUCAGUCCGUCGAUAUGACAAUCAUAAAUCCCCAAUGCCCCUUGCGGAUAUUUCAAACACCGUCAGAUCAUAUCUCGACGAUAUCCAAUCCGCAAUGCUUGAGAAAGCAAGUGAAAAGUUCGAUGCUUGUUUGAAAACAAUAACUAAUUGGGAUGAUGUUGUCCCUACACUUGACGCUAAGAAUGUGUUGGUCUUACCUUGGUGUGAAGGUAGUCAAUGUGAGGAUGAUAUCAAAGAGAGAAGUAAGAGCCAAUCUAACAAAGGAGCAGCGGAAGAUUCAAAAGCACCUUCAGCAGGAGCCAAAUCACUGUGUAUUCCAUUCAACCAAGAAAGGUUUGGUCCUUUCCCAGAUGGAGAGAACCAGAAAUGUGUUCAAUGUGGUGAAAAAGCAAAAUCUUGGACCAUGUUCGGUAGAAGUUACUAG